UAAUAGUGAAAAAUAUGCCUUAGUGUUUAAUAACUAGGGUCUGUCUCUUUAAUUCACUAUUUAUUCUGCCCAGGUUCCAGCGACUGGCCAAGUCCGAGGCUGGGGCCGUGGUGGACAUGCCUGAACCUUCAGAGUACCCAAUGACCGAUUUAAAAGUGUUCUAAUUAAUUAAUUAAUAUUGUUGCUUGAUUAAUUAAUUCAAUUUAAUCAACUAAUUCACACUGUUUUCACAGAUAAGUGUUCUACAAACAAUGGCGGAUGUCAACAUGUAUGUUUGCCAAAUUUGUAUUCAGAAGGCCGGAGGUGCGCAUGCGCGUUAGGAUACUUCCUUCAAGUAGAUGGAGUGUGCAGUGCAGUUCCGUUUGAAGAAUUAUUCCUGUUGUUUGCGGACCAGCGACUGGCGAACGUUUACCAGAGUUCUCUGUUACUGAACAUGGUCUCGGUUAUCCCAUUCCAGUCAGUCAGAGCGCCCGCAGACUUGGCCUUUGACCCCAUAGAGAACAUGGUUUACUGGUCGGACUACUGGUAUCAGACGAUCAACAGAGGUCAUCUGAACGGAAGUAAUCAAGAGGUCAUAUUCUCCAAUGUCAACGUAUUGCCCACUAAUCUUGCCAUAGACUGGUACUCUCGGUUGCUUUAUUUUACUGACUACAACAGCGGAAGCAUUCAGGUGAUCAGUCUAAAAAACUGGACGACAAAAACAUUAAUAAAACAAUGGGACAUAAGCGUUACUGAUAUCGCCCUACAUCCCGCUAGAGGGUUGUUGUUCUUUACGGCGCAGAUAAAAACAUACAUCACCAAGACAACCAAUACGUCAGAGAUGACGUCACAGUCGACCACCACAGGCGCGGUGUAUGCCGCCUAUAUGGACGGAACCAACGCCAGCCCGAUAGCGUGGGGCCUUGCCAAACCUACAGGCAUCACCGUCAGCGAUGAAUGUGUGUACUGGGCGGACGGCGGGGUCAACACGAUAGAGCGGGUCACUGUGGGAGACUGGAACUACACGCUGCUGCUACAGCUGCCGCUCACGGAGGACAACGAGCCCGUCGACGUCGCCGUGGCGCGUGACCACGUGUACUGGACGGAGCGAGGCGCGAGAGUCGUAAAGCGAAUGUCAUUAAAGCAAGAUGGCGCUGCUACAGAGGAUUAUGGGUAUCCUCGAUUUUUCAAGCUGCUUGGACUUGACGUCAUGAAUGAGCGACACAGCGUAAACGCCGGUAACAGUUCAUGUUCGGGAGACGACUCUGGUUGCUACCACAUGUGCCUGCCAACGCCAGAUGGCGCUGUGUGCACAUGUCCUGCGGAGUACUCAUUUGGUCCCCACUGUUACACAAGCACGAGGAAGUCGACCCAUCGCAGGAAGUUCAUGACGGCAAAUUUUUGCAUCAUCCCUGACGUUCAGAAUGGAACCGCCGUUGACGUCAAAUCUGGCAGUUUCGUCUCCCCUGGGUUUCGCGUGCGCAUUGUGUGUGACGUGGGCUUUAGAGUGACGUCACAGUGGAACUGGGUUCCCCACCAGAAGGGCGUGUCAAUGGCGCGGACCCUCGGAGAGCUCGAGUGCAUGGAAGGAGGACACUGGAACAUGGAAGUAUACUGUCAGUGGGAUAUGAACUACAUUAUCAACGGUACUUGGUCGCACGGGUUCGUUAUUCUUCGUGAAUCUUCGCAGUUUCUCGUUCAUCCCGAGAUUAAGCUACUCGACGUCAUAUGUAUAGGUGGCGGCGGUGGCGGAUUUGAUCACAGACUCGUACAGUUCAAGGUCGCGGACAAAGCUGGCGAUGGCGGCAACACGACGUUUGGUGGCUACGUCCGAUCUGGUGGGGGACGAGGAGGAACGUUAAAACAAGGUGGUGCUGGUGGUUUUGGUUACACUCUCUAUGGUGGAGAUGGCGGUGACAGCAAUCGUUGCCAUGGAGGCGGCGCCGCAGGACAAACGAGAGACCAUGGAUUCUGUAUCCUGGCAUCCACCACGUGUUUAUUCUGCGGAGCUGGAGCAGCGCCACAGAACUGUUCAACCUGUUCUAGAGUCAAGGAUGAACCACGACCCAACGCAGACGACAGGUUUAACCAUGAAGAGCAUAAGACAGAUGAAUGGACAAAAGAAAAGAUAGAAAGACAGGAGGCAGGGCUUGUUGAUCAUACAUCUGAAUUAGCUAAUUAUCCUGGGAUGCCAAAAAAUCCACGGCCAGUAGCAGAUGAUGGCGACUUUUCUGAAGAAGAGAGGACAAAGAACCAGAGGUACAGACAGAAAGACAGAAAUGAUACAACAUAUUCUGAAUUAAUAGAUUAUCCCAGGACUAAGAACAACUUGCAGACAGCAGCUGAACAAAACACCAAUCCUGAAAAGAAUAAUACAGAUAGACAGACAGACAAACUGACAGACGAACAAGAUGUGGAAUCUGUUGAUCAUAUGUCUAAAUUAUCAAAGCUGGCAUACUCGUAUACGUAUCAAGAAAAACAACUUCGAAGGUAUCCUAAAAAGAGAUCACUUUCUAAGAAAACGAAGAAGAAAAGGACCAAUGGAGCAGAUUCCUUAAAGAAACCUAAACAACGGAAGAAGUCAGACCGGGUAGUUAAACCAAAAGACAUUCGCGGGGUGAACACUGGGGUAUAUAAGAAAUAUGGAUGGAGAUACUAUAACGCAGAUGCUGAGAGAAAGUCUGGGAUAGAUGUUCAACGUAAUCAGAAAUUAGUGGGUUCUCAGAGAAAGUCUUCUGUAGAUGUCCCAGGAAAUCACAAAGUGGAUUCCAAGAGAAAAUCUGCAGGAGAUACCCAAAGGAAUCAGAAACUAGAUUCCCAGAGAAAGUCUACAGUAGAUGCCCAAGAAAAUCAGAAAAAAGUGGGUUCCCAGAUAAAGUUUGCAGCAGAUACCCAAAGGAAUCAGAAAGUAGAGGGUUCCCGAAGAAAGUCUGCAACAGUUGCCCAAAGGAAUCAGAAAGAAGUAGGUUCCAAGAGAAAGUCUGCAGUAGGUGCCGAAGGAAAUCGCAAAGUAGUUGAUGUCGACAGAAAUCGCAAAAUAAUAGGUGCCAAGAGGAAAUCUGGAGUAGAUGCUCAAGGAAAUGACAAAAUAGUGGGUUCCCACAGAGAGUCUGCAAUGGAUGCCAAGAAAAAUCACAAAAUGGGUGUGCAGAGAAAUCACAAAGUAGUAGGCGUCCAGAGAGAUUACGGAGGAAGUUCCAAGAAAAAAUAUGAAGUAGGCUCUCGAAAGUCUUAUAAAGUAGGUACCCUGAAACAGCACAUAACAGCUGAUGCAUUAAAUAAAGAGAAUGUGAGACCUGUUUCGUCUGGACUCAGAGGAGGAUGUUCCGGACCAUGGGCAAUGAGGAGUGACGGUCUAAAAGCUGGAAACUACGGGGGCGGAGCAACAGGGAGAAACGGUGGGUGGGGAGGAGGUGGCGGCGGCUUUUCCAGAUUACACGUCGACGUCGGCCCAGGGGAAAUAAUUCAGGUUGAGGUUGGGAAGGGUGGCCUCCCUUCUGUUGGAUCGGCCGGGAAUGGAAUCGUGGUUGUCUCAUGGGGAUGGUCCAUCGAGACAUUUCUCGGAGGAGAUGAAUCUUGGGAAGAUUACAUACAUAGCUGUAUUGAGUACGUCUGAGCAACUUUAAAUGAAUAUUAAACAUUAUAUAUAUAUAUAGCUGUAUUGAGUACGUCUGAGCAACUUUAAAUGGAUAUUAAACAUUAUAUAUAUAGCUGUACUGAGUACGUCUGAGCAACUUUAAAUGAAUACUAAACAUACAUAUAGCUGUAUUGAGUACGUCUGAGCAACUUUAAAUGAAUAUUAAACAUUAUAUACAUAGUUGUACUGAGUACGUCUGAGCAACUUUAAAUGAAUAUUAAACAUUAUAUACAUAGCUGUACUGAGUACACCUGAGCAACUUUAAAUGAAUAUUAAACAUAUAUAUAUAGCUGUAUUGAGUACGUCUGAGCAAAUUUAAAUGAAUAUUAAACAUAUAUAUAUAUAGCUGUAUUGAGUACGUCUGAGCAAAUUUAAAUGAAUAUUAAACAUAUAUAUAUAGCUGUAUUGUGUACG